GGCAAGGGCGGAAAGGGUCUCGGCAAGGGCGGAGCCAAGCGUCACCGCAAGAUUCUCCGUGACAACAUCCAGGGUAUUACCAAGCCCGCUAUCCGUCGUCUCGCACGUCGUGGUGGUGUCAAGCGUAUCUCAGCCAUGAUUUACGAGGAGACCCGUGGUGUUCUCAAGACCUUCCUCGAGGGUGUCAUUCGUGACGCCGUCACCUACACUGAGCACGCCAAGCGCAAGACUGUCACCUCUCUCGAUGUUGUCUACGCUCUCAAGCGACAAGGCCGCACUCUGUACGGUUUCGGUGGUUAG